GCGGCCAGUGAGGGGUUAAUGCGUGUCCCCUCCCUGUGCUCGGUCUCUCUCCCCAUGCGGAAGUGUGCAGCGCCGAGACAAUGACCGGGGAGCGCACGGCGCCGUGCAUGUAAGCAGCAGCAGCCGCCAUGGCGGGCAGCGACACGUGGAGGGCCACCCUGCGCACCUACUACUGCAUCAAGUUCUCCCUGUCCUUCUACUCCACGCUGUUCUCGCUAAUAGGCCUCUUGAUCUUGUGCAUCGGAAUAUACGCAGAGAGUGAACGGCGGAAGCAUCAGACUUUGGAAGGGAUAUUUCUGGCUCCAGCAAUCAUCCUGCUUCUCCUGGGCAUCCUGAUGUUCGUGGUCUCCUUUAUUGGGAUGGUUGGUUCUCUAAGAGAUAAUUUACUGCUGCUCAAAAUUUUCUUCUGGGUGUUGCUGAGCAUUUUCUUUGUUGAGAUUCUCCUGAUUGUCAUCGAACUGGUGUUUGAAACUGAGAUGAAGAAAUUUGCACAUGCGAAUAUACUGGUUGGAUUGAAACAAUAUUAUGAUGACUUGGAUUUUAAGAACAUUAUGGAUUUUGUGCAAGAAAAGUUUUCAUGCUGUGGAGGAGACCAGUUUACAGACUGGAAGGUGAAUCCAUAUCAUUCAUGCAACAGCACCGGCCCUCUAUCCUGUGGGGUGCCAUACACAUGCUGUAUAACCGGAACGGGCACUGGUGGAGUGAAAAAUACUCUCUGUGGUUACCAAACCCUCGAUAAAGAGAGACUUGACGUUGUGAAUAUCAUCCAUGUCCGCGGAUGCAUCCAUGCUGUGGGCUUGUGGUUAAAUGAUAAUUUUGGAAUUACGUUUGGCUUAGUAGCGGCAGUUCUGGCCCCUCAGGCUCUAGGCAUUGGAUUGUCUUAUCUGUUUUGGACAAAACUCAAAGACCUUUGUGCUUAUGAUGAGACUGACUUCAGAUUCCUGAAAAUAAAAGACUUUAACUUCAAGGACCUUGACUUGAGUGGAGCUGGGUGCUGUCUCUGCUUACCACGAGAGGAAGGCUACCUCCCAGUCAAUACGGAUAGUGAUGAUGACAGAACAAGCUAGAGGAUCAUCCAGCCUAUCCUCAUCCCUCUCAGAACUGCCUCACACACAGCAGUGACAUUUUAAGGCAUUGUACUUGAACUGAGAGUGGUUACCUGUUUUAUUCCCAGAAACAGCGCCUCUCUUGCCUGUGUCUGGUACUGCAGCUGAGCCCUAUUCACUUGAGAGCCAAAUUUAUUCCAAUAUACUGUGCUCAUGGUAAGGGCACAGUGAAGAUUUUGGUAAUGCAAUAACAUGGUAGUAACUUGAUGUUCACUUACCUGCGAUGCCUGGGUACAAUGUUUACAUUUUUGUAUAAUUUAUGUAUGAAUUUUUGGUUCAAAGGGCUUGAACGUACUUUGUGCUGUAAUGCAGGCAUUUUAUAAUUCUAAGUUAUUGUUUUUGUGAAGCCCACGUUCUGCUCAGGGUUAUAUCUUGAGUUUGUAACACUCUAAGUCUCGUAGGCACUUAUACUGUAGAACCUCCCUUGUUCUCUUCCUGUGGACUACACCCGGGUGCAUGCUUUGAGCUAUAGACCAUACGUUCUUUGGGAAUUUAUGAGUAAAAAAAAGUAGUCCUAGGCACUUUCUUAGCAAUUAGUAUUAGAGCUAUAGAACACCAACAUUUACCUUUUAUAU